AGUAUCACCUGUCUAGGCGCCAGCGAUCCUGAACAGUUGUACCCAAUUAAGAGUCAAACAUCACAGCUGAGGAGGGGUGGUAUCUUAUCAGUUAUUGCAGCAAGGUGACUCCAGCGUUUAGCAGUUUCGUGCGUUGGAAUGUGAUCACGAUUGAGAGGUAUGCAGUCUUUGGUGUAUGCAGGAGGGAGAGCAAUGUGCACCGAUGAAUUGUAACCCCUUACCAGAGUCCUGAUACUCUCUCACUCUUCAUCACCAUAUUCUCUCCCAACAUGGUGGUGAGUUUCAGCUGCACUGGGUAAGUGUCCAUUUGUAAUUCAUUGCUCACCUCUUUGUCAGUGAAAGUGCUGUCACUGUGCGUGUCUGAUAAAGCAUAUGCAAGUUGUUCCUUUGCUGGAUCUUUGACCCAGGAUACCCACACAGGUACAAUCAUGGAGGUGCUAUGUGACUGUUCUUGACUGGUGGCAUUAAGUGACAUAGCAGCUGUAGUUUCCUUACAUUGCUUGUAGCUCUGAUUAUAUCAGGCACAGGUUGGUCUUCCAUUCUUCUCACAGCUGUAAUCAUGAAGACUAGUGGGGUGCCUUCUACUGCAUACCUCACAGCUAUGGCGAUGACGGCAUUCCUUUGCACAGUGACCUGGUUUUAAACAAGCAUAGCUCAGCUUAUUGUCCUUUACAUAUGUCCAUCUGUUCUCAGGAGACGUUUUUAUAAGAUCAGGACAUCUGUGGAGCCCAUACUCUGUCAUUAAUUGAUGUCUCUUUAUCCCUGCCAACAGUGGCUCGAGUGCUGAGAACAUUAGCCCUGUUUCUUUUAGGUUCCCUUGUGAUUAUUUUAUCCUGGUGUGAAUCCACUGAGUGAAGUGCAUGUAGGCAGGUGACAGGAUUGCAUGCAAUUUCUGCCUCAAUUGAUAUGAAUCUGGCAAAGUCUUGGAAAGAUGGGAAUUCGCCACCUUCCAUGAGGGCUACCGUAACCCGACGAUUCCAGCGCAAUGCUAACUAGUCAGAGACCAAAUGGAAGAUUGCAGUUCAGAUCUACAUGAUAAAUCGGGUUUAUCAUCCAUAUUGAAGUCGCUAGAGGAAAAAGCCAUGAAGUUCCUGAAGGAGGAACUGAAGACGUUUGUGAGGCACCUAGAUCAGAAUUACCCAGAAUGCUCUGAGCCUCAGCUGGAGGAGGACAAUGACCUGGACUGUGAUGGUCAGAUGCAGAAGACCAGUGUUAGAGAGGUAGCUCUGAAGAUCACAGUGUACAUCCUGAGGAUCAUGAAACAUAAUGAUCUUGCUGACCUGCUGGACAAGAGACAGCUCAUGCUGCAACAUCAACAGGAAAUCAAAUGUAAACUUAAGAAGCAAUGUGAGUGUGUAUUUGAAGGGAAAGCUAAGGAAGGACAGCCAACACUUCUCAGUGAGAUUUACACAGAACUCUACAUAACUGAAGGUGGGACUGGAGCAGUCAAUGAUGAACAUGAAGUGAGACAGAUUGAAACAGCAUCCAAGAAAAGGCGAACAGAAGAUACUACAGUCAAGUGCAAUGAUAUAUUUAAACACUUAUGUGGGCGUGAGACACCGAUCAGAACUGUACUCACUAAAGGGGUGGCAGGUAUCGGGAAAACAGUCUCUGUGCAGAAAUUUAUUCUCGACUGGGCAGAAGGAAAAGCAAACCAGGAUGUUCACUUCAUAUUUGCUCUUCCUUUCCGGGACCUGAAUUUGAUUAAGGGUGAAUACAGUCUCAUUGAACUGCUUUGCCACUUUGUCCCAGAACUGAAAUCAUUUCAAUCUACUGAGCUGUUUAGCUCCAAAGUCUUGUUCAUCUUUGAUGGUCUGGAUGAGUGUCGCCUUCCUCUCGAUUUUCAGAACAAUGAGAGCUGGUUUGAUAUAACAAAGAAAACGUCACUGGAUGUGCUGUUAACUAACCUCAUUAAGGGGAAUCUGCUCCCAUCCGCUCUCCUCUGGAUAACCUCCCGGCCAGCAGCAGCCAAUCAGAUACCUCCUGAGUGUGUCCACCAGGUGACAGAGAUACGAGGGUUCAGUGAUGCCCAGAAGGAGGAGUAUUUCAGGAGGAGAUUUAGGGAUCAGAGCGUGGCCAGCAGGAUUAUCACACAUGUGAAAUCAUCAAGGAGCCUCUUCAUCAUGUGCCACAUACCUGUGUUCUGCUGGAUUUCAGCCACUGUGCUUAAGAGGUUUUUUAGUGAGACUGACAGGGGAGAAAUUCCAAGGACUCUGACUGAAAUGUACACACACUUCCUGAUCUUUCAGACAAGUUUAAAAAAUGACAAGUAUAUGAAAAAACAAGAAACUAAGCUUAAAGAAUACAGCAAGGAAUUCCUUUUAAAACUUGGUAAACUUGCUUUUGACAACCUUGAGAAAGGCAAUCUCAUAUUUUAUGAGCAAGAUCUGACAGGGAAUGGCAUUGAUGUCACUGAAACUUCAGUUUACUCUGGAGUGUGCACAGAAGUCUUUAAAGAGGAGUAUGGGUUGUACCAGGAGAAGGUGUACUGCUUUGUGCAUCUGAGCAUCCAGGAGUAUCUCGCUGCUUUAUAUGUUUUUCUGUCAAACUCAUCAGCUGACCUGCUGAAGACUGCAGUGAAUGAGGCAUUAGAGAGCAAGAAUGGACACUUGGACCUCUACCUCCGCUUCCUCCUGGGCCUCUCAACAGACUCCAGUAAGACUCUGUUACAAAGGCUACUGGGGCCGACAGAAACCAACUCAUAUACCAUUAAGGAUACAGCCCAGUACAUCAAGGGGAAAAUACAGGAGAAUUUAUCUCCAGAAAGGACCAUCAACCUGUUCCACUGUCUGACUGAACUGGGUGACAAUUCUCUAGUAGAGGAAGUACAAAGAUACCUGAAUUCAGGAAACAUUUCAGUAGAUGACCUCUCACCUGCACAGUACUCAGCUCUGGCCUUUGUGAUGCUGAUGUCAGAUGAGGAGCUGGAUGUGUUUGACCUGAAGAAAUACAUCAGAUCAGAUGAAGAGCACUGCAGGCUGCUGCCUGUGGUCAAGAACUCCAGGACGGCUCUGCUGAACAGCUGUGAUCUCAUAGAUAAACACUGUGAAGUGCUGUCUUCAGCUCUAAGAUCAAACUCUUCCCCCCUGAGAGAGCUGGACCUGAGUGAGAAUAACCUGAAGGAUUCAGGAGUGAAGCUGCUCUCUGCUGCACUGGGGGAUUUACACUGUAAACUGGAGAUAUUGAGGCUGUCAGGCUGUAGAGUCACAGAAGAAGGCUGUUCUUCCCUGGCUUCAGCUCUGAAGUUAAACCUCUCACACCUGAGAGAGCUGGACCUGAGCUACAAUCACCCAGGAGACUCAGGAGUGAAGCUGCUCUCUGCUGUACUGGAGGAUCCCAGCUGUAAACUGGAGAAGCUGCAGGUGGGCCGGUGUGAACUCACAGAGAAAUGCUGUGAGGCACUGGCUUCAGCUCUCAGAUCAAACUCCUCACCCCUGAGAGGGCUGGACCUGAGUGACAAUGACCUACAGGACUCAGGAGUGAAGCUGCUCUCUGCUGGACUGGGGGACUUACACUGUAAACUGGAAAUACUGAGGCUGUCAGGCUGUAAAGUCACAGAAGAAGGCUGUUCUUCCCUGGCUUCAGCUCUGAAGUUAAACCCCUCACACCUGAGAGAGCUGGAUCUGAGCUACAAUCACCCAGGAGACUCAGGAGUGAAGCUGCUCUCUGCUGUACUGGAGGAUCCCAGCUGUAAACUGGAGAAGCUGCAUGUGGAUCACGGUGGAGAGUGCAGGACCAGACCAGGCUUACAGAAAUACUCCUGCCAGCUGACGCUGGACCCCAACACAGCAAACAGACACCUGUCUCUGUCAGGAGGGAACAGGAAGGUGACAUGGGGGGCAGAGUGGCAGCCAUAUCCUGAUCAUCCAGAGAGAUUUGACAGCUGGGAACAAGUUCUGUGCAGAGAGAGUCUGACUGGCCGCUGUUACUGGGAGGCUGAGUGGGAUGGAUAUGGAGCCCUGAUAGGAGUCACUUAUAAAGGGAUCAGGAGGAAGGGAGUGAGUGAUUAUCUGCUUGGAUUCAAUGACAAGUCAUGGAGUCUGUGCUGUAAUACUGACAGUUACUCUGUCCGGCACAAUAAUAAACAGACUCUCAUACCCAUAAAGCCCUCAGGCUCCCGCAGAGUAGGAGUGUAUCUGGACUGGGGGGCUGGUGCUCUGUCCUUCUACAGAGUCUCCUCUGAUGGACUGACCCCCCUGCACAGAUUCACCUCCUCAUUCACUGAGUCCCUCUAUCCAGGGUUUCGGGUUUUUAUAAACUCCUCAGUGUCACUGUGACGUGUUGCUGGUUCUCCUGCAAAAAGGUCAAAUCUCUGCUUUUUAACCUUUAUAAUCCUUUUCACUCUGAAAUGUACAGAACUGUGCAAAAGUCUGAGGCAGGCAAAGAAAAUGAUGUUUAGAUUAUCCUGCUGUUGGUGUAAAACUAUGAUAUGAUGCCUGUCAAAGUGUGUCAGCUUCGCCAUUUCAGAACCUCUGCUAAAAUCAUCCCAGUAUUUGCAGCGACCGUCCAGUGCAGCCAUGUAUUUUUUGACUUGGCCACUAACACACCUCAUACAGCUAGUCAAUCUCUCACUGACUUUUUAAACCAAUAUAUUUAAUUAUUUAAUUGAGCUGUUGGUGAAAUUUAACAAAAUCAUGGAACGGCUGAGGUGCCCCUGAGGAGAAGUUUGGGAACUGAAGCGGUGUUCAUCUAGCCAUCCAACUAGAUAUCAGUAACAUUUUAGGAAACAGAAGAAAUUAUUACUAGUUUUUAUUGUGUUACUCUUAAUUUGUUCUAAUGUUAAAUUGUGUAUUUUGUUCUAAGCCAAAGUACACUUGCUACCCAGAUAAACAGCUUUAAACAUUUCUUUGGACUGCCUAAGACUUUUGCACAGUACUGUGUGUUUUACAAAAAAUAAAUGACUGUGUUAAGUGAGCUGAAUAAACAUGAAAAAUAUUGUUUUUUAUACGUUUUCUCUCUGACUAAAAUGUAAUUAAAUGUAAUCCUGAUUGGGGGGGGCUAUCCCCUUCUCCUGUAUAUGUACAUUUUAUAUAUUAUAUAUUUAUGUCCAUUUACUGUAUUCCCUCCCUGUACAGUGACAAUAAAGGCUUUCUGUUCUGUCCUA